UGCCGAUGCCGCCGGCGGGCAGCAUGCCGCCGCAGGGGAUGCCACAGCCCGCCGCCCUCCUGGCUGGCGCGGGGCCGGCGGGCGCGGGCGCGCUGGGAGGCGCACCGCCGGGCGCGUUGGACGCGAUGAUGGACGCGUCGGGUCCGAUGGACCCGAUGGGGAUGGGCGACCAGCUGGCGUCCUCCGCCGCGGGCGCCGGCCCGCUUGGCCUCGCGGCUGGUGCGGGCAGCGCCUCGGGCCUGUCCGAUGCGGACGGGCAGGGCAGCUGCUACCCGGGGGAGCCGCCCUCCUCCCUGGCGCCGAUGGGCGCCGACGAGGACGAGGACGCUCCUCCGCUGCCGGGCACAGAGAGCUUGAUGGAGAUGGAGAUGGAGGCACACCACGAGCCGGGGCCAGCCGGGGAGUGAGGCCGCUGCUACUCGUGCCCCGGGAGGCUGGUGCGGCCAGUCUCUCGCCCGGCGGAGCGACCGCCAGCGCUAGCGCAUAGGGCGCGAUACUCGGCGGGGAGCGGCUGCCGCAUGGCCGUGGCAUUGCAGUGUGCGAGGUGAAAGGCGUACUGCAUGGCGGCAGGAGGCUCGAGGAGACAAUGAUGCCACGACGUGCUGCACAGGGCGCGCAGGGCCUCUGCGCAGGGCGCGCCAGGAAUAGGGGAUGAGAUCCGUUUCACUCUGAUCGCACACACGUGUUGCGCAACUUGACUGUGUUGUUUUCCUGAUCGCUCGUAGAUAG